GAGAUAAAAGGAAGAGAUGGAAAAAAUUCAUAUCAAAAUAAGAAGUUAACCUACUAGCAUAAGGGAACAGUGUAGUGUUAAUAAAUCAACGUGUAAUUUGGUUGUCCUACCGAAACGGAAUCCUGAUAAAAAUGGAAAUAGAUCCUGGUCCAUCAGAAGAACAUAAUGUAAACGCGUCCACAGAAGAUUCACCUGAAAUAAUAGAACAAAAAAUAAUUGCAUUAGCACAUACCAAAACAAAGGGUAUCUCUGACAAAGACAUUUUAUCAGAAAUGCCAGAUGUACAACCAGUGCAAAGAGCUUUGGUUAUAAACAAACUCUUGUCGCAAGGAUUGUUGGAUCUUUAUAAGCAGGACAAAAUAUUGUUGUACCGUCUUAAAGAUCCUAAUAAAGUUAAAACUGCCAAAGGUGCAGAUAACGAAGAGAAAAUUGUGUACACUAUUAUUGAAGAAGCUGGUAACAAGGGAAUAUGGAUAAGAGAUAUCAGGUUCAAAUCUAAUCUAAUGCCAACUCAAUUGAAUAAGAUUCUGAAGAGUUUGGAAACAAAAAAAUUUAUUAAAGCCGUAAAGUCCGUGGCAGCUAGCAAGAAAAAAGUUUACAUGCUUUACAACUUGGAGCCAGAUAGAUCAGUUACUGGUGGUGCUUGGUAUCAAGAUCAAGAUUUUGAGGCUGAAUUUGUUGAUGUCCUUAAUCAGCAGUGUUAUCGAUUUUUGGAACAAAAAAGGAAGGAGACAAAAGAUUGCAGAGGUGGGCCUAUAGCUGCAAGGAAUAUAACAUUCGCAACAUCAAGAGAAGUCUGGAAAUUUAUUUCGGAUCUAGGAAUUAGUAAGGUGAAAUUGUCAGUUGAUGAUUUAGAAAUGAUACUCAAUACAUUGAUUUAUGAUGGUAAAGUGGAAAAAACACUGUCAAACGAUGGAACUUAUUUGUACAGGGCAGUCGAACCUUUAUUGGAGCCACCAGGUUUGAUUAAAGCUCCUUGUGGUGUCUGCCCUGUAAGAAAAAAUUGCUCCGACUUUGGGGAUGUCAGCCCAAUAAAUUGCCAAUACAUCACAGAAUGGCUAGCAUAAUGUGUAUUUUAAUUCUUUUUGUCAUUUUGUUAAUAGUAUUGAUAUUCAAGCUAUUACCAAGUGCCAUUAAGAAUUCUUCAAUCAAAUCAUCUCUCAAGCUUAUAUUUAUUUUUAGUUAUCCGCUUACUGUUAUAUUUGUAAAAAUGCACUAUGACCUCCAAUAGGGAUAUCCGCAAAAGAAAAUAUAUUUUUUUUCUUUAUAACUUUA